UCUCCCCAGUAACAAACCACGCUCACUUUUGGCAUACUGUAUUUCAGGUUUAUGAGAACAGUUGCUUAGUGUGCCCUGCACUGCUGUUCUUUUGGAAUUUGAAAUAAUGCCCAACAAAGCCCAAGAGGAUGCUGUGAUUAACCUAAAGACACUGCAGGAGAUUUCCAGUCUGCUCGGUUUUGAGUGGACAGUUUUGGCAUAUGAGCUUGGUUUCAACAGAACUGAGAUCGGUCGAUUUCACACCAAAUCCACAGAGAAGAGUGUCCAGGCUAGGACCAUGUUGGAGAGCUGGUAUGAAAAGUCAUGGGACAAGCCCAAUAAGACCAAGCUGCUGCAGGAUGGACUGGAGCGAGCAGGCCGACGGGACCUGUCUGAGAGGUUGCGCUGCCUCCACUGGGGCCACCAGAAGCUGAGCCAAAGGGUUGAGCUGCCCUCGGCCUUCCCCUUCCUCAUCACUGUCCACAAGACCAUCCACAACCAAGACGCACUGCGCAGGAUCAACGACCUAAAUCGUAGAUAAACUUAAAGCUGGGUGAAAAUGUGAAAAAUGUGGCACUUUCUACAUGGCGCACUGCAAAUAAAUGUAGGCUACUGUGUCCACUCCUUGAUCAAACAAGUGAGAAGCAUGGGCCAUGUAUAAAGUAAUGCAACUUUCUAUCUUGGAAUA